CUCUUAGCUGUAGAUUUCGAGAUUGAGGAUAUAGAGUUCAAGAAUGUUUAAAAGAUUUGUUUUUUUUUUGUCAUGAUUUUUGUAGAGAAAAAAGAGGAACAGAAGUGGUAAAAGAUGCUCAAAGGAAAAGUAAAGGAAGAAGAGAGAAUUGAGAAGAUCAUUCGUGGUCUUCUUAAGCUUCCAGAAAAUAAGAGAUGUAUCAACUGCAACAGUUUGGGGCCUCAAUAUGUAUGCACAACCUUCUUGACAUUCAUUUGCACAAACUGCAGUGGUGUACAUCGAGAAUUCACACAUCGAGUAAAAUCUGUGUCAAUGGCUAAAUUUUCUGCAGAAGAAGUAGAUGCUCUUCAGGCAGGGGGUAAUGAGCGAGCAAGGCAGAUUUAUCUUAAAGAAUGGGAUCCGCAUAGAAAUUAUUUUCCUGACGGGAGUAAUCUUCAUAGACUUCGUGAUUUCAUCAAGCACGUCUACAUAGACAGAAAAUAUGCUGGUGUUAGGCGUAAUGACAAGCUUUCAAUGGUUAAAGCGAGUGCAAAGGAGGACCUCCAAGAGCGGCAUUCUUUUGAAACAUCCCGUCGUGGUGCUAGAGAAGAAUUUUUUCAUACGGAUGAUGCUCGGAGAGAUGAUUUCUUUGAGCGGCACUCAUUUGAACAUUCUUUUCUAAGUAGAAACGAUGGCAGAAAUUUGAAAAAUCACAUUGAUGCAAGAAAUAGCCCUCGAUACAAACAAGAAAUGCUGAAGUCUGGAAGUCAGAAUAGCCGGGCACCUCGAUUUGAAAUAGUUGAUGAUAGGUUCCGGGAAAAUGGAUAUGGAUCUGUAAGGAAAGUUUUGACUCACAGAUACUCAGAUACAGAGUCCAGGGCUAGAAGCAGCUCACCAAUUUCACAAAAGAGCAGAGAUAUUUCCAAAGAGCCCGCAAUACGUCCACUAAAUGACAUUUUAGAUGACAAAAUUCCUCCUCUAAAAGUGGGAGAAUCUCCUAAAGCAAAUGCUGUUGAUGGCUCUGGCCAUGUUCAGACAGCAGGAAGCUACACAAUUCCAGGCUCUGUUGAUAAAAAGGAAGAGGAAAACAAGAAAGUGAAUACUCUUAACAGCUUGAUAGAUUUUGAUGCUAACCUUGAGCCUUCUGCAACAACAGCAGUAGUGCAGACUCAACAAACAGUUCCUGUUGGUGAUGGUAGCAAGAGUGCUGCCAUGUCUUCUGCAAAUGAGAAGGCCUCUAAUGCUCCAAAUGCUAAUUCACUUGAACUGCUAUUGUUUGGACUGGCACAUCCUGCAGGUAGCAUGCCUGAAAUGUCUCCUGGUGGUGACAAUCCAGCUGCUAUUGUAGGUUCAUCUAAUCCUGAUGUGGGUACAGUUACGAACAAUGUUGCAAUUACUACUGCUUCACACAUUGAAAAUGCUGCACCAUGCCCUGGUAAUAGCAGUGACUCUAAGGAUAAGCUUGCUGAUGCCCCAACGCUGCCAGCUUUGCAGCAAAGUGAGCCAUUUGGAGCCCCUCCAGUAAAUAGUAACUUUACUGCUCAGAAGGCUACUGCUUCUCUUGAAGCUGCAAACAAUGAGUCCUUGACUUCAGAACCUGAGCAUGCUAAAGUGCAACCAACCAAUACAUCAUUUGGACAAGCAACACAAGUUGUCCCACAGGCAGCUAAUGAUACUAGUUUGGGAAAUGAAUUACUCAGUGGAAGAAAAGAACUUCCAGCGGACCUUUUUACAUCAAGCUAUUCAUCAUUUGCUGCUGCAGUUCCAGGCUGGCAAUCCACUUCCCCUUAUGGAAUGGGAUAUGGCACUCAGUACCAUGUUACUGCAAUGUCCAUGGGAGCUCACCAAGAUUCGGUUAAAUCAAGGAACCCAUUUGAUAUUGGUGAUGAUGGUCCCUUAGCUCAAGGCACCAUGCUUCCUUCAAUGUCACCUUUGCAAGGACAGAUGCCAAAUAUGUCAACUUCGCAAGGGUUACAGCCUCAAGUAGUGCCAUAUUCAUCGGCAACGCAAACACACGGACCUCCUUAUGGAAUUAUGAGGCCUCCAGGAGUAUACAUGGGGCAACAGAUAGCAAAUAAUAUACUUCCUUCCAGACCGCAAGGAGCUAAUACCUUCCAUGUCAAUGAUGCUGCCUUUGCCUCUCUUAACCCUAUUAAACAGUCAAGUGGGAUGAACGAUGAUACUGCCUUUUCUUCUCUUAACCCCAUUCAACAAUCACAUGGCGUAAACCCCUCAUCAGCUACACCACAAUCCUACUCGUUGACAGGAGGAAAUCCAUUUGGAUAGCUGCAGACAAGUACACAUAGUUGAAUGUAGCACAAUAUGGUUCUUCUUUUCUGAUUUCUGACCCCAUUACAUCUGAAGAAUUUUGGUCGCUCGCUGCUGGAAUGAGCUAAAUUUUAAGUGAGCCAUCUAUGCGUUGUGAAUGUCCUUGUACCUUUAUGGGGAUGCAUAUACAAAGGAGUACUCUCAAAGUAUUACUAGAAAUCUGUGUAGUACAUGCUCUCAUGUGCUGUGUAUACAAAUUAGAAGUCAGAAACUUGAAAAUAGUGACAUCUGUAGCUGGGAAUAGGUCCAAAGACCACCAUACUUGCAAAAUUCAUAAAAAAAUAUAUAUAUUAUUUGAGAUUAUAGAAAAAGAAAAGAAAGGUAGAGGGUAAUGUCU